AAGAACAGAGAAAAUGAAGAAACCAAAGCACCACCUGGCACAGCCACCGUCACCACGGCAACAACGAAGACGCAUCGUCGUUUUCAGACUCGGCAUUGCCACGCUUCUCUUCCUUCUCACCCUCAUCCUCUUCGCCGCAACCACACUAACCUCUCCCAUUCUCUCUUCCUACCUUCUUCCGACAUCAAUAACCGUCUCCAUCACGCGCUCCCUCUUCGUCGAAUCCAAACUCCACGCUCUCCCCAUUCCCCCGCUCUCCGAUUCCGUUCCUCCGCGUCUCGCAUACCUCAUCUCUGGCUCCAAAGGCGAUGCACACGCGCUUACGCGCACUCUCCUCGCGCUCUACCACCCGCGCAACCGCUACAUUCUCCACCUUGACCGCGAGGCUUCCGAAACGGAGCGCGGGGAGUUAAAGAGGUACGUGUUUGGACACGCGCUGUUCAUGAGGUUUGGGAAUGUGAGGUUGAUUUCAAAGGCCAACCUCAUCACGUACCGUGGGCCAACGAUGGUGGCGAACACGCUCCACGCGGCGGCGAUUGCGCUUAGAGAGUGGAGCGAUUGGGAUUGGUUCAUCAACCUCAGCGCGUCGGAUUAUCCACUCGUUACUCAAGAUGAUAUCCUUCACGUGUUCUCAACCUUGUCUCGCAAUGUUAGUUUCGUCGAUCAUACUGGUGACCUUGGGUGGAAAGAUCAGUAUCGUGCAAGGCCACUAAUGGUCGAUCCAGGGUUGUACCUGGCACAGAAAAAAGAUCUUUUCUGGAUUACUCAGAAGAGGAGUAGGCCAACACAAUUCAAGCUUUUCACAGGUUCCGCGUGGAUGGUGCUGUCAAGAUCGUUUGUUGAUUACAUGAUAUGGGGAUGGGACACCCUACCUCGGACCCUCCUCAUGUACUACACGAAUUUCGUAUCUUCCCCUGAAGGAUACUUUCACACUCUCAUAUGCAAUGCCAAAGAGUUCAGGAACUCAACUGUUAACAGUGACCUACAUUUCAUUUCUUGGGACAAUCCUCCUAAGCAACACCCUCUCUACCUCAAUCCAGCUGAUUACGAAAAGAUAGUUGGCAGCAAUGCCCCUUUUGCCAGGAAGUUCCCCAGAAACGAUUCGGUUUUGUUGGACAAAAUCGAUAAGGAACUAUUGUCCAAAGUUGGUGCUGAAAGGGCUGUUCCUGGAGGGUGGUGCAUAGGAAGCAGGGAGAAUGGGACUGAUCCCUGUUCUGUAGUUGGUAAUACUACUACUCUUAGACCUGGCCCCGGUUCAGAAAGGCUUCAAACUUUAAUUAAUUCAUUGUUAUCACCAGAAAAUUUUAAGCCAAAACAAUGUGUAUAACAAGAAUCAACCAGUACUACAAUUCUAAUUGAGAUUUUUUUAUUUGU